AUGAAAUUAUUAUCUAAAAUAUUCCAACCUGUGAUCACAAUACCAAAGGGCGCGAAGAUUAAGAACACGGAAAUAACAUGUAAGAGUCAGAAACUCUUAUUAGAAUGCGGUCUGGUUCGUCCAACGAGCGCCGGUUUCUUCACAUUAUUACCGUUGGCAAGACGAGCUCUGAACAAGUUAGAAAACAUCGUACACCAUUGUCUAGAAGAUGUAGGAGCUCAACAGAUAUCACUUCCCUGUCUAACUUCAAGUAGACUGUGGGAAGCGAGCGGUCGUUUGGAGAAAGUUGGCUCCGAGUUAUUAAAAGUAGAAGACAGACAUAACAAGAAGUAUAUAUUGGGUCCGACUCACGAGGAAGCCAUCGCUGACCUGUUGUCCGAUGUAGCUCCGUUGUCACACAAACAGCUACCAUUCAUACUGUACCAGAUAGGUAACAAGUAUCGUGAUGAGCUCCGUCCCAAGCACGGCCUGCUGAGAGCGAGGGAGUUCCUCAUGAUGGAUGCUUACAGUGUGCACACGGACACAGACAGCGCUCUAUACACGUACGACACACUCACACACGCGUACAGGGACGUGUUCCGACUACUGGAGCUGCCGGUGAGGAGAGUGGAGGCUCCGUCCGGUGACAUGGGAGGCAGCCUCUCCCACGAGUGGCAGCUGCCAGCUCCCUCUGGUGAGGACAGGCUGAGUGUGUGUCCGUCCUGCUCGCACACCACCUUACUGGAGGAGGGGAGGGGGGGCGGGGCCUGUGGACAGUGUGCGAGGGAGACGGAGAUAUGGAGCAGUAUUGAGGUCGGUCACACAUUCGUGCUGGGUGACAGGUACAGCGCUCCACUCGUGAUGGCCUGCUACGGGAUAGGACUCACGAGACUCCUCGCCGCUAGUGUGGAGCUCCUAUCUUCCGAUCGUUCCCUGCGGUGGCCGCACGCUCUGGCGCCCUACAAGGCCAUCAUUAUAGGACCCAAGGAAGGCUCCAAGGAGUGGGUUCAUCAUGAUCAGACUCAGUUGGAGCAGCUCGGGGCUCAAGUAGAGAAGGUGGCUGGAGACGUGGUGUUGGAUGAUAGACAUCACCUCACUAUAGGGAAGAGGUUACUACAGGCGGACAAAACCGGCUACCCAUACAUCAUAGUGUGCGGGCGCUCCGCCCUGGAGUCUCCGCCGCGGUACGAGCUGCAUCGAGACCGGAGCGAAGCCCUAACACUGCCGCUUAACGAACUAUUAGCAUUCAUUAAAGAUUAUAACAAUGAACUAGACUUGAAGAUCAAAAAAGAAAUGUAA